AUGCUCCUAAGCAUUGAACUCAAUUUGCAUUGGCGCGAUCGUAGACGGCCGAAACGUCAGCGUAAUCGAUUCGAAGAAGCCCGUAUCGUAGCGUACACGGCCCGCGCCGCGGUGUCUCAACGCGAGGAGGAAAAAAUGAACGUCGCCAACCAUCUUAAAGACUUGGGAACGGCCGAGGGAUAUGUGAAGGAUCUCUUUCUUCACACACUUCCCACGUGCACCUCUCGU